AUGUCAGAUCCCGACAUCUACACAGUCGGCUGGAUAUGCGCGAUUACCACGGAAUUCGUUGCUGCGCGAGCUUUCCUCGACGAAGAACAUAAGGGCCCGAAACACGUCGCGCAUCACGAUAACAAUAACUAUAUACUAGGCCGGAUCGGAGAACAUAAUGUGGUGAUUGCGGUUUUACCGGACGGCGAUUACGGAACAGCCUCUGCUGCCGGCGUCGCUCGCGAUAUGCUCCACAGCUUUCCGAACAUCAGGAUUGGUCUCAUGGUCGGGAUUGGCGGUGGUGCACCGUCUGCAAAGCAUGAUAUUCGGCUCGGCGAUAUCGUCGUUAGCGCUCCUCGAGGUAGCCACGGCGGCGUGUUCCAGUAUGACUUUGGCAAGACGAUCCAGUAUCAGGAGUUUCAAGCGACAAGGUUCCUAGAUCAACCGCCGGCUAUCCUACGCGCGGCUGUCAGUGGACUGAAAGCGCAAUUCGAGGCCGACGGCCACCAGAUUCAGGAAGCUAUCCAAGCUGCUUUUGUGAAGAAGCCGAGACUGCGACAGAAGUAUGAUCAGCUGGACCCGAGUACAGACAGGCUCUACCGUGCCGAUAUCGUCCAUCCACCCGAAGCUGAAGUUGAAGCAGCAUGCUUGAUAUCUUGUGGCAGUGAUACCUCCUUGCUGGUGGCACGCCCCGCACGAGAUCAGGAUGAAGAUAACCCUAUGAUACAUUAUGGUUUAAUCGCUUCUGCGAAUCAGUUGAUGAAGGAUGCGGUCAUACGAGACAAGCUGGCGCAAGAGGAAGACGUUCUCUGCUUUGAGAUGGAAGCUGCUGGGCUGAUGAAUCACUUCCCAUGCCUAGUAAUUCGCGGGAUCUGCGACUAUUCCGAUACCCAUAAAAACAACCUGUGGCAAGGCUACGCGGCGAUGGCCGCGGCUGCCUAUACUAAAAAUAUCCUUAAUAGGAUUGCUCCAAAUAGGGUAGAGGUCGUGAGGAAAUUAAGCGAGUUGCUUAACGAGAUGGAUUCUACGCUUACUAAUAUGCACACGGAUAUAAAAAGCAUUCGAAUGGACAAGUAUUCCGACGACCUCAUGCAAUGGUUAGCCCCACCUCACGUUUCCUUCAAUAUGAACAAAGCCAUCGAGGCUCGUUAUCCAGGCUCCGGCCGCCGAUUGCUUGAGAGCGAGGCAUAUACAACCUGGAAGAAGGGUGACAACUCAUUCCUUUGGCUUCACGGCAUCCCUGGAUGCGGCAAGACUAUCCUUGCGUCUACUGUAAUUGAAGACCUCCAAAAAAACCAAAGCCAGAGUGCUUUACAGACGCUGCUCUACUUCUACUUCGACUUUACCGACAGCCGGAAGCAGUUAUUCGAGAAUACACUCCGCUCCCUCGUUUGGCAGAUAUAUUGCCGGAAUGAGAAUUCUCGACAGCAUCUCAACUCGCUUUAUUCGUCGACAUGCCGAGGCGGAAAGGAGCAGCCCAGCUUCGAUUCUCUACAAAGGACCUUUACCGAAAUGAUGGGCAACCUUGAAGAAGUAUGGAUCGUGCUCGAUGCUCUUGACGAGUGCGAGACACGAAACAAGUUGCUAUCUUGGAUACGGAAUAUCGCCCAGGACUCUUCUGCGCAGGUGAACAUUCGCCUUCUGGUAACAAGUCGGCCGGAGCAGGAUAUAAUGACGGCUAUUCAACGCCACGCCAGUGACGAACAGAUAAUCGCUAUAAGUCAUAACUUGCUUGAGUCGGAUAUCCGAAACUACGUACAGGCUCGAGUCCGUGAGCACGAAGGUCUCAGUCGGUGGCGUGGAUAUAAGGAGAUCCAAGAUCAGAUUGAGGCCAGUCUGCUUGAGAAGGCUAACGGAAUGUUUCGUUGGGUCUCAUGUCAGCUUGAUGCGUUGGAAGACUGCUUAGAACGGAAAAGUCUGUUUAGAGCACUUCAAAGUCUACCAAAAACGCUCGACGAGACGUACGAGCGAAUACUGGCAAGUAUACCUUCAGCGCACGUACAACAUACAAGACGGAUCUUGCAGUUCCUGACAUACUCGGAACGACCGCUACGACUUGAUGAGGCGGUCGAUGCGAUUGCCGUCGAUGUCGGAAAGAACGUGGCUCGAGGACGACGAUUUGAUUUCAAGGAUAGGUUGCCGGUUCCAGAAGAGAUCACCCGGUACUGCUCAAGUCUUGUUGCGCUCGUCUCAAGGCAGGGCAAAUACCGCGAAGAACAAACAGUAAAAGAGAUCCAGCUGGCACAUUUCUCAGUUAAAGACUAUCUUGCCUCAGACCGUCUAGAAAGUAAAAUUGGUCCGUAUUUGCAGGAGACGUCUGCCCGAAGCGCUAUUACCGAAGUCUGCCUAGCAUAUCUCUUGGAACUUGAGCAAAGUAAAUCAGCCAGAGAGAUUAAGAAUACAUUCUACUUUGCGCACUAUGCGGCUCGAUACUGGGCAAGCCAUGCUAUCAUAAGCGAGCGCAACAGCCAAUAUGCCUUUAAGCUUAUGAAAGAACUUUUUUUGAAUCGUCCUCGUAUCGAAAGCUGGUGCCUACUUUACGACCCAGAUAGGUCUUGGGCC